AAAGUUGGACGACAGUUGGCCAACGACUACAUUCGGACUUGGUCUUUCGGUGGCAUUGUGACACGGAUAUUGGGAUCGCGGUAUCAAGGUCAAACGUCAACACGCCUUGGUUGGCUACGGGUAGAAGUGGGUGAUAUUCGAAAAUACGCGAAUUGCAUCGGUUAGAUCGUUGUCCACCGUAUGCAAGUAAGGACGUGUUGGAUAAGGAUCGCGAAGAGAACUAUGAGGUGGAUAGCAGCUAUCACUGGGUUCUUCCUGAUAUUCAUUUUUCCACAGGAUACCAAAGCUUUUUCUAGUAUACCAUGGAAAUCAAAACGAAGCAUAGAUCUGAACGACGUGUAUCUAUCGAAAGCAAGCCAGCGCAGAUUGCCAACGGAAGUGGUGCCGACCAGCUACCACCUGGAACUUCAACCUUUUAUUGGGAACGAUAAAUUCAAAGGUCGAAUUAAGAUCAAUGUCACUUGGACAGAUACCAGCGACACAAUUAUUUUAAAUGCUCACCCACAUCUUGACAUCUCGGGGUAUAAUGUUAAGGCCACGGAGAUGUCGUUGGAGGAAAGGGAGAAAGGUUUGCCACUGAUGGAUGUGAACGUUGCGAGAAUCACUCGUCCUAAUUCAUGGCCAUCUUCUUACGCAAUUCAUCUCCAGCAGAUGCUAAAAAAGGGAAGUAGCUGCGAAGUAGAUCUCAUUUUCACCGGAAACCUUACCACCGAUGAGAGUAACGGUUUCUUCAAAAACGAAUACAUCGACGCCAAUGGAAAGAAACAUCCCUUUGUGGCUACUAAUCUCAGAUUGGAUAGCGCGCAAACUGUCUUCCCUUGUAUGGAUGAACCUCCUUACAAAGCGACCUUCAAACUGAGCGUCUUACGCCCGAAAAAUAUGAUCGCCCUUUCGAACACACCUCUCGAGAGCAGUACGGAAAUAGAUGGAGAGCCGGAUUUAAUCUGGGAUCAUUUCUCGAAGACACCGGAAAUAUCAACGUAUCAAUUGGCUCUGAUAGUAUCGGACUUCGAGAGUAUCUCGCCCACACAGGAAAUCAAUGAAAUGGAUGGAAGAAAGCUCGAGAUUAAAGUGUGGGGUCGAAAGGAGUAUUUGGACUCUUUAAAGGACGUACCUGACAAAGUUGUCAGGAUUAUGAAUUAUUUACAAGAAUACUUCAACAGCUCGAUUGUUUUGCCAAAACUCGACUUGGUAGCAGUUCCUUUGUACAGUGCUACCAAAGCAUCUGACAGUUGGGGUUUGAUGUUCUUCAAGGAAAGUGAAAUAAGCAGUCCUUCAAUUUGGAAUACGGCUUAUGAACUAAUUUAUCAAUGGAUCGGUCAAUAUAUUACACCAUUCCGUUGGAGUGAUGCACCAAUUAACAAAGCACUUAAUUCGUUCUUAGCUUCAAUGACGACCGUGAAUCUUAAUCCAGAUGAAAUGGAAGGAAAAUGGCCAAUGACUCUGUUAUAUUCUCUUUAUUAUGAAUUUGGAAAAUUUGAACCUUUUUCGAGAGUUGGGGGAAUCAGGAAUGAAGCUACAUCAGCGAAAACGGAACUGGUAUUCCGGAUGUUCAAUUACACUCUUGGAGAGAAAUUAUUCCAGAAAGGCGUUAGAAAUUUCAUUCAACAGAAUUCAGAAGAGAAUCUACGAACCUUUUUUGCAGAUGACAUUUACAGCCGAUUAAACGAUGUCGCGAAAGAAAUGAACAUUUUGCCAGAAGGUUUGACAGUGAACAGCAUUGCAGGCCCGUGGACCAAUCGAGAUAGGGUACCAUUAGUCACCGUAAUCCGCGAUUAUGAAACACAAACUCUUACACUUAGCCAGAAAGUUUACCUCAGAGAAACUACACGAGAUUCCGCACCCAAAGUUUCUUAUGAAUGGGAUAUACCAAUAGUGAUAAUGACCCAAGAAAAAUUAACAUUUCAAGAGCCUUGUCACCUGUGGUUGACGAAAGGAAAUUCAGCAAAAAAUCUCACUGUUCCAGAUAAUACUAAUGAAAAUCAUUUUAUCAUCGUCAAUCCAGAGGAAAUAGGCAUGUUCCCGGUAAAUUAUGAUUCCUGUAAUUGGAAAAUGCUAUCACAAUUUUUACAAAGUCCAAAUCGAGAAAAGAUUCCUGUUUUAACCAGAGCAAAACUUCUUCAUGAUUCUUGGAAUUUAGCAUAUUCCGGAGAACUUUGUUUCGGAAUCGCUUUAAAUAUGACACUCUUUUUGAAAGAAGAAAGGAGCCACGUUGUAUGGGAGCCAGUUUUUAUGAUGAUUGAUCACAUAGGUAGACGUAUCGAGGGAACUGAAGUAUAUCCUAAAUUCGAGGCAUACAUACGGACAUUGUUAAAGCCUUUGUACGAGGAACUUAAUAAAAAUAUUGAGACGAAUGAACCAUCUUGGAAAACUCACAUGCGAGGAAUGACAAAAAAUUUUCUUUGUCGUGCUGGAUACGAACCAUGUGUUAAUGAAGCGCGGGAUCAAUAUAAAAAAUGGUUGACUGAUAAGGAACCGGAUAAAGGAAAUCCAGUCGCCAAUGAAUUUAUUUGUCCGGUAUUCAAAUGGGGUACCGAAGAAGAAUGGGAAUUUGGACUUCAACGUGUUAUAAAUUUUCCUCAAAACAGUCCAGAAAGGAAACAAAAUGAACGAACUUAUCUUUUAAAAUCUUUAGCUGGUUGUCCAAAAGACACAUAUAAAAUCGAAAGAUUGUUAAAUGUAACAAUUCUCAAUCAAAAUGGAAACUUUACUGAUUCAGACAUCCAAUUAAUUUUUGUUACAUUGAGUGGUGGUGCAGCUGGUUAUACAACCCUCUUCAACUUUUUAACAGAUAAUUGGGAUACUGUGAAAGAAAGAUUUGACGAUAAAAAACAUAUUUGGUACCGCAUAGUGGAAUCUGCAAUUUCCUCAUUUAGCAAUCAAAAAGGUUUAGAUAUAUUGCGUAAAUUGUAUGAAAGUCAUUCAGAUGAAUUCCCACCCGAUCUUAUGACACAAAAAUGUUGCAAAAUGGAAAUAAAAGAAUGGAGUGAAAAAAAUCUUCCAGUAAUUGAUGCUUGGCUUAUGGAAAAUCUGCCAAAAGAAGAAUUAGAAGGUAUUCAACCUUAUGUAGUCACUACUACUAUAGUUCCUAGCACGGAAUAAAUUAAACAAAGAAGACUCAUAAUUGAAAAUUAAAUGAAAAUGUUUAAAUAUAAAUUUAGAAAUUGAAAAAAAAUUUUACAAUUUCUAAAAUAUUUAUAAGUUAUAUAUUAUAUCAAUCAUCCAUUGCUUGAAAUUUAAAUAUAUAAAUAAAUUGUUGCAAAAAUAACUUUUAAAAAUAAAAUAAAAAAUUUAUCAAAUUAAUAAAUAUUUGAAAUAAUCAAAUUAAUAAUUUGAAGAUUUAAUAAUAAUUUAAUGUCAUAGCUUAUAUUUUUUUUAUUUAUCAAAAAAAUAUAAAGUUUAUCCAAUGUACAAUUACUAUUAGAUAUGUAAUAUAUUUAAAUUUGAAUAAACAAUAUAAUUAUAUCAA